AUGAGAGCUAUUUUUGUUUCCUGCAUUUUCAUUUUCUCCCAUAUGUCUAGAUUCAAGAGAAGUAAUGUCUUGCUAAAUGGAGGCAGAGAUAAUCAGUUCAUGCUAUGUAACUCGGUAUCCACCGCGCAGCCGCCGCCGCUUCAUCUGUCAAAAGCUUCAAUACGCCAUGACUCGUCUCCUGACUUACACUAUCUAAUCAGAUAAUUUUAUCAUGUUAAUCCAAAUCUCAUCACUCUCUUUUGCGUCUAUCAUUUUAAACUUGACCAAAUCAUUCGCUAGACAUGAGCUCCUUGAGAAACGUCGUCAAGCACCCCAUCUUAUCUCUUGUAGACUCCACCACCACUCUCAAGGAGCUUAAGCAAAUCCAUACUCAGUUUCUCAUCAAUGGAAACCUCAAUGAACCUCAACUUGUAGGUCAGUUCAUCGCUUGCAUUGCUCUUAACAACCCUAACAAUCUCCAUUAUUCAAACCAAGUGCUCGACCGCUCUGACAAUCCCACUCUCUUCGCCUUAAACUCCAUGAUAAGAGCCCACUGCAAGAGCUCUAAUCCACAAAACAGCUUUCACUUCUACGACAAAAUUCUUCAUUCCAAAAACAAUUUAUCCCCCGAUAAUUACACUUUCAAUUUCUUGGUUCGCACGUGUGCGCAACUUCUAGCAUGCGAUACUGGUAAGUUGGUUCAUGGUGCUGUAAUAAAACGCGGGUUUGAGCAUGACCCACAUGUCCAAAGUGGAUUGAUAUUUAUGUAUGCUGAAUUGGGUCAUCUAGUUUCUUGCCACAAGGUCUUUGAAUCAAUUAAAGAACCAGACUUGGUGUGUCAAACUGCUAUGGUUAGUGCAUGUGCAAAAUGCGGAGAAAUUGAUUUUGCAGCGAAGAUGUUUGAUGAAAUGUCGCAAAGAGAUCCUAUCGCGUGGAAUGCGAUGAUAUCUGGGUAUGCGCAGUGCGGGAAGCCAAAGGAAGCAUUGAGUUUGUUCCAUUUGAUGCAAUCAGAAGGCGUUAAGGUUAAUGAUGUAUCUAUGGUUUCGGUUUUAUCGGCAUGUACUCAUUUAGGCGCAUUGGAUCAAGGGAGAUGGGCUCAUGCUUAUAUAGAAAGAAACAGGAUUAAAAUGACAGUGACAUUAGGUACUGCACUCGUUGAUAUGUAUGCAAAAUGUGGGGAUAUGAACAAGGCCAUGGAAGUUUUCUGGGGCCUGAAGGAUAAGAAUGUGUAUACAUGGAGUAGUGCCAUGAAUGGACUAGCUAUGAAUGGUGCUGGUGUAGACUGUCUUAAGCUUUUCUCGCUUAUGAAACAAGAUGAGGUUGUACCCAACGGAAUCACAUUCAUCUCUAUUUUAAGGGCUUGUAGUGUGGUUGGACUCGUUGAAGAAGGUUGCCAACAUUUUGAUUCUAUGAGAAGAGUUUAUGGGAUUGAACCUCAGCUUGAGCAUUAUGGGAUCAUGGUGGAUUUGUAUGGUCGAGCUGGGCAGUUAGAAGGGGCCAUAGAUUUCAUCCAUAGCAUGCCCAUUAAGCCCCAUGCUGGUGCGUGGGGAGCUUUGCUCAAUGCUUGCAGAAUGUACAAAAAUAUGGACUUGGGUGAGCUUGCUUCAAGAAAGAUAGUGGAGCUAGAGGCCAAGAAUCAUGGUGCUUAUGUGUUGUUAUCAAAUAUAUAUGCUGACUCUAAAAACUGGGAUGAUGUUACAAAUGUGCGGGAAGCCAUGAAGGCUCAAGGUGUGAGAAAGCCUCCUGGAUGCAGUGUCAUAGAGGUGAAUGGAGAAGUUCAUGAAUUCUUUGUAGGGGAUAAGUGUCAUCCAAGGUAUGGUGAAAUUGAGACAAUGUGGGGAGAGAUAUCUAAGAGACUGAAGUUAUCUGGGUAUGUGGCCAAUACUAAUCCUGUGUUGUUUGACAUAGAAGAAGAGGAAAAAGAAGAUGCCUUAUGUAAGCACAGUGAGAAAAUUGCCAUUGCUUUUGGUCUGAUCAGCUUAAAGGAAGGUGUCCCCAUCAGGAUUGUCAAGAACCUCAGAGUUUGCUGGGAUUGUCAUGAGGUAACAGUGAUGAUUUCAAAAAUUUUCAAUAGGGAGAUUAUUGUUAGAGACAGGAAUAGAUUUCAUCAUUUUAGAAACGGUGAGUGCUCUUGUAAGGGCUAUUGGUGAAAUAAUCAGUACCACUCCAUAUAUUUAUAUGUAAGAGAAGAUCAUGGUAUUAUUAGUAUGUAAAUGAGAAAAAGAGAUAUAUAAAGUACAGAACAAAUAAAUCAUGGAAUUUAUCUGCAGGGUCCAAUUUUUAUGCAGAAA